AUGGCCGAACUGUCCGCCCUUAGUGCUGCGGCUACCGUGCUUGAUCUUAUUGGUGCUACGUCGCGAACGUUCGCAUCGAAUCUUUCAAGCGCUUGGUUCUUCCUGGAAUCUUAUGGCAUUGCAGGACCUAUUCUGUGGCUAUACGGUGAUCGCGACGUAUGGCGGAUCCAAGUGCAAGUGUUGCAGAGCACAAAUGAAUCGGAUGCAAUGGAGUUCAAGAAGCUCGCCCAGAACGACAGCAAUAUCAUUGCUGUUGCUGGCACCAUUGUAGCCCAGAUCGCCAUCACUGCGCUAUCUCUGACCGAUCUUAGUAGCACACAUUGGGUCGCUCGAGCCUCCUUCACCUUUAGUCUGGUAUCAGCAAUCAUGGCCGUAUACUAUGCCACAAAUCAGUAUCGUAGAUUUGGGCGUUUUUUACACGCAGAUGAGAUCAAAGCGUGGAUUCGUCCAAAAGAGACGAUGCGACUCUCCCCCAGACCUUUACUUCAACAAUUCCUGCCUUCAGCUGCUUCCGUGUUGACUGUUUCGGCUCCGAAUAUGCUUCUCUCGGCAUCCUUGAACGCAUUUCUCGUUGGCCUCGGAGUGUACUUUGGUUACGUGUGGACACGUAAUCUCGAUGAAAGUGCCGGGUCGAGUGCCAGUCGAGCUGUCUUUAUCGUAUACGUUAUUGGCCUUGCGUUAUGCUACGUCAUUUACGCAAUGUCGGACCUUGUUGCUGCAGACCAGAGUCAAAUCAGUGAAUGGAACUUUAUACGUGGUUUGCACUCUAGUACAGCCCGUGCUCGAGACCAGUCGUCAAGGCGCGCAUCCAAUCCGGAUCUAGAAGCUGUUACAGAAAACUGUGGGCCUUCGAGCAAGAUUGAGGAACAGCCACGACGAACUGAGAACCCUGAGGAUAAUUCGUCACGUCAACAGCUUGUAAAAGCACUCAGAGAAGCUGCAGAUCUGCGGAGAAGGAGUGCGGUUGCGGACGAGAGGGUGGCUAGAUUGUUGGAAAAUCUGGAGUAAUUUCCUGUGCUCGCGAUGCAUCAUGUGUAUACAGCGUCGGCAAUGCGGAAAUCUCUUAUAACGAGCUAAUCAGUCGUCGCUGUGAGUGUUAGCUGAUGUGAAGCAGUCCGUUGAUGUAGGACAAGGCUUUGGGCUGCCACAUUACAUGGACGCGUUGGCUCCAAGUCCAAGGUUCUAAGCUCUUCAAUGCAGGAUUGUAACUCGUUCGCAUGCAGGUGCCAGGUGAUUUUGGUCCUUCCUAGUGGUGACAGGAAUGGGGCGUCUAUCUCGUUUGCCGGAGCGCAUAGUUUGCGAUAAAG